AUGGAGGACCAAAGUGUGCUACAGCGUAUACUUGAUGGAGACGAGAAACCGACGGCUCUGCCAUUUGCACUGCUAGAGCAGAUCACGGGUAAUUUCCGUGAAGAGCAAAAAAUUGGGCACGGUGGAUUUGGAGAGGUCUACAAGGGAGUUUACAACGGAGAAGUCAUUGCUGUGAAAAAGUUUUAUGACGUGCAAGCACUUGACAACAAGCAAUUCGAGAAUGAGUGUGUUAACCUUCUAAGGAUCAGACAUCCAAAUAUUGUACGGUUAGUCGGCUACUGUUAUGAAAAAAGCCAUAAAUAUGAUGAGUACAAAGGUGAACUGCGGUCAAUUCAAUACAUAUAUAGAAUUCUCUGCUUCGAGUACCUGGAGGGAGGAAGCCUAGACAAGUAUCUCAAAGAAUCUCGUGACCAUGACUGGCCGACACAUUACAAUAUAAUAGAGGGGACCUGUGAAGGUUUAAAUUUCCUUCACGGGGGAUGUGGAUCACCAAUUCUGCACUUGGAUCUAAAACCUGGGAACAUACUACUGGAUAAGUACAAGGGAGCAAAAUUAGCAGAUUUCGGGUUGUCAAAGUUCUUCAGUAAAACACAUAGUCAUAUCACAACUACAGCUAUAGGAACAGAGGAUUAUAUGCCACCAGAGUUCAGGAUUGAAAAUCUGGUCUCAUCAAAGAAUGAUGUUUACAGUUUAGGGGUUACAGUUAUAGAGAUAAUGGCUGGCCAUGGAGGCUACUCGAGAUAUCGUGAAAUGGAUGAUGCCACACAAUUUAUUGAGCUGGUAAUCACAAAUUGGCGUGAAUGGAUAAAUGCAACAACAUCACGGUUUCCAUCAGCAGAAUUAGAUCAAGUGAAGACAUGCAUUAAAAUAGCAAUAAAAUGUGUGCAUCCUGAAAGAAAGAAUAGACCCACUGUAGCAGAAAUUUUGGAUACCAUGCAGGAGACAGAAAAAAGGUUUCUGGAGGAAUGGAGGAAUGACACAGGAUUUCCCGUGGGACAGAGCUUGCCCACUCCAACUAAGACUGAACCAUGGGGUGGAAGUGGAGGUGAAGUUGUUGAUAUCAAAGAAGUUCCAUGGCGCCUGCACAGUGUCACAAUUAGUUACCAAGGGUUAAUUGAUGCAUUCUCGUUUUCUUACAUUGACCAAUCUGGGAAGAAGCAACGUGUAGGUCCUUGGGGUGAAGAGUACAGUUACCACAAAACUGAAACGAUCCGAUUCUACCCUACGGAGUUUGUCAAGGAAGUAUGUGGAGCAUAUGGGAGCCAUGGUGAAAACAUUCUUGUGACGUCCCUUAUGUUUGUCACCAACGUCAGAACAUAUGGACCAUUUGGAAAUCUUUAUCAUCGAAAUGUGGCAGCAAGUACUUUCAGGUUCAUGGCUGACAAGGGCAGCAGCAUUGUGGGGUUCCAUGGCAGAUCUGGCAGCCAUCUCUUUUCGAUUGGUUUUUACAUGUAUUCCAAUGAUAACACGGCGGUCAGGACUGCUUCCAAACCAGUGAUUCUCGAGGGCCAGAGAAUCGAGGCACAUGAGCAUGGAGAUGUUGACAAGCUCAUCGCGAGUAGAGAAGACACCAGCAUGCGAGCUGAGGAAGUCCCCGAGUCGAAAAAGAGAAAGAUUUCCGUGUCUACUUUUGGAAAGGGCAAACAUGGUAGCAGCGAAAAUGCAGGGGCAACAUCCAUGGACACCACUUCAAGCAUGCGAGGACUAUCUACUGAGCAAACAGAGGUGAAAAAGAGAAAGAUUGCCGAGUCUACUUCUGGAAAGGCCAAACUUGGUAGCAGCCAGAAUGCAGAGACAACUUCCAUUGACACCACUUCAAGCGAGCGAGGGCAAUGUACCAAGCAAACAGAGCAGUGUAAUUUGCACCCAUUGCAAAGUUUUUCGCGUCAUUAUCCUACCAACUCCACAUACCUAGGAGAAAAGAGUCGAGCCGUGGAUCUCACAAGGGGGGCUAUGGGAAGCCUGCUUGACAAGCUUGGCAAGCUUGUCACAGAGGACUACAAUCUUGAGAAGAGCAUGAAGAGAGAUAUCGAGUCCUUCUCAGAAGACCUAGCGAGUAUUCACAAAGACCUCUCCAAAUUGGAAAAGCUUGAUGGGGUCAAGAUUUGGGUUGAUGAAGUCAGGGAACUGUCAUAUUACAUUGAGGAUAUGGUUGACAGCUUCGUAGUGCACGUCGAGCCGAAUCCCAACAGCAGUGGCUUUAGGGAGCUCAAAGACAAGGGACUAAAGCUCCGGCAGAAUGGCAUGAUAACUCAUGAUCAGAUUGGUGAUGUGAUCAGACACAUCGAGAACCAAGUUCAAGUUGUGGUCCAGAGGAGAAAGAAGUACAACUUUGGUGUCAACAAUGUUGUAGCUAGUGCAACCGCCAAAGCUCCCAUUGACCCUCGGAUCUCUAUAUAUAUAAAUAAAAAACAGCUCAUUGGAAUAGAAGCAAAAAGAGAGGAGGUAAUAAAGUUGUUUGAGGAGGAUGAUGAUGAUGUAACAAAGCAAGAGCUCAAAAUAGUCUCGAUCGUCGGGUUGGGUGGAUUGGGAAAGACCACACUCGCCACAGCAGUGUAUGACAAGCUUAAGUCACAAUACCAGUAUAGAGCUUUUGUUCCGGUGGGUCAAAAUCCUGAUGUGAAGAAAGUUUUAUUGAGCAUUCUCAUGGAAUUUGGAAACAAAGCCAAUGCACAGGACUUGGAAUUGGAAGUGUGGCAGCUCAUCAACAAACUGCAAGAAUUUCUUGAGGAUAAAAGAUACCUCUUAGUAAUUGACGAUAUAUGGAAUUAUGAAGCAUGGGGUUCUAUUCAAUCUGCAUUUCCAGAAAACAGCCUUGGCAGUAGAGUGAUCACAACAACAAGGAUUCGUCGUGUUGCUCUUGGCACUUGCAAUGCCGAAGACAAAUAUGUUUAUAGAAUAAAACCACUUAGUGAUGAAGACUCAAGAACACUAUUUCUUAGAAGGACAUUUGGUCCCGGAAAAGAUUGCCCUGAUGCACUGAAAGAAAUUUCAACUGAUAUUCUUAAAAGAUGUGAUGGUAUGCCACUAGCUAUCAUUAGUAUAGCAAGUCUUCUAGCUGGUGAGGAAGAGUCAACCUGGGAUUCCGUAAGAAAAACUUUGGGUGCUUUGACUGAACAAGAUGGUCUUGAAAAGAUGAAGCAAAUACUUGAUCUCAGCUACAUACAUCUUCCUGAUCAUCUUAAGACAUGUCUACUUUAUGUUUGUAUGUAUCCAGAGGAUUGCGAGAUAUAUAAAAAUGAUUUAUUGAGGCUAUGGGUAGCGGAAGGUUUGGUGGUGAGCAAAAAUGGUAGGUUGGAUGCAGAGGAUGUUGCAGAAAACUACUUCAAUGUGCUGACCAACAUGUGUAUGAUCCAAGCUGGGAAGAUAGAUGACUACACCAAUGAAGUGUUAUCAUGGAGAGUACAUGAUAUAAUUCUUGAUCUGAUGAGAUCCAAAUCAAGUGGAGAGAACUUUAUUCAUGUAAUUGAUGGCUUGAAAGAUGUGACAGCGGCACACACUGAGAUCCGUCGAGUCUCGGUCCACUACAAUGAUAAAGAGGAUAUGGGAACUUUGGGAACAAUAAAAGGGUCACUUUCACAUGUUCGGUCAGUGUUCCUGUACCAAAGCUCACUUAUGCCUUGUUUUCUGCAGCACAAGUAUGUCCGAGUUCUACACCUUAAAUAUAAGGCAGAUUCUAAAUGUCUAGACCUCACUGGCAUUAGUAGGUUCUUUCUCCUAAGGUAUUUAAAGGUUUCAUGUGAUAGUUAUUCUGGCUAUGAGGUGAAGCUACCUAACAAAAUUGGGGAGCUACAACAACUGGAGACAAUAGAUAUAGAAGGAGCUUUACUAAAAAAUUAUCCUUCUGAUCUUUUUAAUUUGACUUCAUUAUCGCAUCUCAGAUUGACAGGCUGUAUUUCUGAUACACCGUGUCCUGACGGUAUCAGCAGGUUGAAAUCCCUGCGCACCCUAGUAGGUGUACAUGUGUAUGAUAGCUCAGUAGAGAUAAUCAGCGGCCUCAGCAAGCUGACCAACUUGAGAGAACUUCAUAUCCGGUUUCAUGGAAUUCACUCGAUGGAACAGAAUACUGCUUUGCACUCCUGCAUCUUCAUGCUUGCCGCCAACAUCAGGAUCCUCAGUAUCAGAAGUGGAUUUGCUACCAUACCAGAUGUCAGAGGCUGGCGCAGUUCACCGUUUCCUCGGGUUCCUCAUAUUCGGAAGCUUGAUCUGUUUGGUUGCGAGUUUCAAAGGUGCCCCGAAUGGAUUGGUCAGCUCCACGCCCUCACCGAGUUAAAUAUUGUGGUGAGGGAGGUGGCCGAUGGUUUGAGCAUAGUUGGAGGGCUUCCUUCACUUGCCGACCUCUGGUUGGGAAUUGAUUCAAGUAAAGAUGAAAAGGAAGAAAGUGUGGUCAUCCCUGGCGGCAGGGCAUUCAAUGCACUCAAAUGUCUAUAUUUCUAUUGUAGAAAGGUGUCACUGACCUUUGAAGCAGGGGCUAUGCCCAAGCUAGUGAAGAUUCGGAUAAUGUUUCGUUUCCACAUGGCUCGCCGAUUCUUACCAGUUGGCAUCGAGCACUUGCCAGCUCCCACCCUAAAAGAAAUCAAUUUAGUCGUGUAUUGGAACGACAGGGAACCGAAAGGUUCUGAUGGCUGGGAAACGGAUGACUGGAAAGCUUACUUUGAAUCAGAUGACUAUGAUGAGAAACUGUUGCAUCAUACAUCAAAGUUAAAGCGCAUGUUCAAGAGAGCAUUUAAGCAGCAUCAUCCCUACGCUGACCUCGACAUUUACUUCUACGAGGGUUAUGAGGAUGAAGAAUACGACGAUGAAGAAGACAACGAGGACCAGGGCGUCGAGGAAGAAGAAGAUUAUUAUUCUGAGGAAGAUGAUGAUGAUUCUUAUCAAGGGAAUGGAUCACAAACUUCGGCACAAGUCCAAGAUAACACAAGACAAUUAGCAGAGCUUAUUGAGGCCCAGCAAGGCUCUGCUGGGAUGAGGAUUACUACUGAUGAGUCUCAAAUGGUGGACACGUCAUUGCAUCUUGCGAUCGGAUCGGAGGGGCAGCAAAGCGGACGGGAUGAAGAUGAUGAUAAUGAAGGUGAGGAGGAUGCUGAUGACAAAGAAGAUGAUGACGAGGCUUCAUCAUAUCCAGGAAAUAGAUCUCAAACUUCAGCACAAGUCCAGGGUGAUCACACAAGGCAAUUAGUUGAGCUAAUUGGGCAAGAUUCUGGUGGGAUGAGUAUUAACACUGAUGCGCCUCUGAAUCUGAUGGUGGACACGUCGCUGCAUCUUUCAGUCAGGUCAGAGGGGCGUCAAAGCGGCGCCGUUUUGGUAUCCUCGCAGCCGUCUCCUACACACCCGCUUGCCCAUUGUUCUCCUUCCCCCUUUGAUUGGCUCACACUAGCACUAGGCCGUCCUCUGUACGAUGCUCUCUUAGUUCAGCAGGGUAAAAAUGACCACCUUGUUAAUGGCAGAGUUUAUUGUGGUGAAGAAGUUGAUGAGGCUGCUCAUCAAGUGAACGGAUCCCAAACUUCAACACAAGUCCAGGUUAACACAAGGCAAUUAGUUCAGCUGAUUGAGGCGCAGCAAGAUUCUUGUUGGAUGAGAAUUACUAUUGAUACAGCUCGAGUGGUGGACACGUCGCUGCAUCUUGCGGUCAGAUCAGAGGGCCAGCAAAGCGGGGGCGUUCAUAUUUCUUGA